GGAUUUAGAGGUCUGAUGCUGGACACUUCUUGACACUAGCAUGGAAAACUCAAAUCGUAAGGUGAAAUAAUUGCACGUAGUAGUAAUUUGUUACAAGAUCAUCUUUAAAAGAUCUCGGUGGUCAGUGUGUACCUAUGACCAAGAGUUUGAUACGCAUUUGCUGACAGCCUAUGGUAUAAACUAGCGAAAAGGUUUAGUGUCCUUGUUAUAAAGGGAAGUGUGACGGGAUGAACCUUGGACCGGUUCUUUGAAUAUUUGACUUAAUUAAAAUGUCAAUGAUAUAUUAUUAGAUUAAGCCUAAAUUAUUUGAAUUAUGUUGUCUGUGCGCAUAUCAAAAUAAUUAUCAUAUUGUUUAUUGGUUUUAACAUGUUACAUAAUACAGUGGUAUACAUAACUACAAUUUAUUUAUGACAUGUUAUAUAUUCAAAUGAUGCACAUCAUUACGCGUGCAUUACAGUCAGGUACAGGAAAAAGUAUUAGGUUCUUAUAAUAUUAUUAACACUUAAUAAUAAUGUGAAGAAUAAAAAAUAUUAAGAAACUAUAGCAAUAAACUAUUCAUUUUUUAAAUACAAUAAUUUUGGCAGCAUGAUUGUAAAGAAGAUUCUUUCUAUUCAAAAUUACAACAGGAAAAUUUUCGACGUGCUGUGAACCGAAAUAAUAUAAGAUCAGACUACUGAAUGGAUUCAUUGAUUUUGAGCCAAAAUAACACUAGUUUAAAUUGCCAUUCCUGUAUACUAAAACACUACGAUCACAGAAAAUGGCAGGGUUCCAACGAGUGCAAUUGUAAUAAAUUCAAUGCAUCACAAACGCAACAACGACGAUUGAAAACGGACACUCCAUGGGAGAAAAAAGACGAUAAAUAUUACGAGAAAAGAAAAAGGAACAACAUGGCUGCAAAAAAAUCCAGAGAAGCUAAACGUAGAAAAGAUAAUGAAAUGGUUUUAAAAUUAUUUCUUUUGGAAAAAGAAAACAUGAUGCUGAAAUUCAGAUUGAGCGCAGUUACUGAUGAAUUGGAAAUGAUAAAAAGAACAUUGAUGUUUUACAAUUCAAAUAAAGUUAUUUGGCAAAAUAACCCUCAGCCAUCUUUUCCAAUCAAAUCAUUUCUUAGUUUGUAAAUAUGUAGUUUUAUUUCAAUAAGAAUAUUAGUUAAAAUUGUGGAGAUUAAAAGUAGUUACUUUAAUUACCGCAUAUAUCUGGUCGUAGAUACACUUAAUAUUAUAUUAUUUUAGCUCAUAAUAAAUACAUAUUAUACAUAUCAAUG